AUGCCUUCCUUCAAAGAAGUAUCUAUUAGUUUUAUGAAAAAAGGUAAAAUAAAAACAAGAAAUAAACAGAUAUCAAAAACAGAAGCGCUGAUGAGCAAGGUUGUAACGGACACAGUGAUCAUAACCUCAGGUAGGUGUGAUGUUGUUGAUAAUGACAAUGUGGAACGAAUCCAGGGUUGGUUAUCUAAGUAUAUUUUAACGAAGUUCCAAAUCAACGAAGAUGAACCGCUACAGUUGAUCGUUUUAAAAAGAUUCAAAAGAAUACUGUUAAUCUGCCCCAGUCAUGACUUAUCUCAACAUGUUAUGGCUGCAUCUCAUGCUUCGGAGGUGGAGAAGCUCAACUUUAGUUACUCUUUACAAGAUGGAUAUAACAAUUUAGCCAAAGAAUACUUGAAGGUACCAGAGAGCGAAAAAAUGUUUCUGAUUUCACCUCCAGCGUCACCACCGCCUGAAUUUGACUUUAGCAAGUGUGAAGAUGCACCACAGAGACACGUUCAGAGUCAUAUACAGCAGCAGCAGCAGCAGCGAAUGAAAGCGGGCCACCUGUUGCCAAACAACCCAGAUGAAGACAGUAACGGUACUUUCACGUUGUUGAAAUCAAAAGUGGGCGCUAUCACGAUUAACAGGUGUCCCACAAAUGAAGAUUGCGGAAAUAAGCGAUUAGUGGAUCAUGUUAAGACAGCUCUCCCACCAAAAUCCAUAUUUGACAGUGAUGACGAUGAAGGGACAACAUGUUGA